GACGUAUCAAAAUAAAUGUCUCAUUCCCUUUUUGAAAAUAAACUCACUCAAAAAGCAGCUACAGUACCGUUACAGUACCAAAAAUCUCCCACUUUACAUAUAUUUGCCACUAUGUGAAAAAGCAUGCACGUCAAUUAAAUAGAUACAGAGGGAUUUCUUCUUGAUUUGGGGAUAGAUAGACUAUAUAUAUGGAGUAAUUUCUUCUUGACAUACGGAGUAAUAAAGAACAGAAGGGAUAUAGGAGGAUGGCGUGGGUCUGGACAACAAUUGCUUUGUUUGCGGCGGCGGCGGCAGCUCUACUCCUCCACCUUCAUAGCUCAGUGAAGAAAAAGAAGAAAGUGGCGCCAGGUCCAAGAGCUCUUCCCAUUCUGGGGCACCUUCACCUGCUCGGUAAAAACCCGCAUCAUGAUUUAAGCAAGCUCGCCAAAUUGCACGGCCCCAUAAUGCGUUUGCGGUUCGGGUUUAUCGAACACGUCGUCGUUUCCUCCCCGCCGGCGGCACACCUCUUCCUCAACACUCAUGACCUGCUCUUCGCCGGCCGGCCACCCCACCAGGCGUCCAACCACAUCAAUUACGGCCAGAUCAACCUCACCUUCGGCCAGUACGGCCCUUACUGGCGCGCCAUCCGCAAAAUCUGCACGUUGGAGUUGCUCAGCAGUCACAAGAUCAGAUCUUUUCAAUCUGUCAGAACAGAGGAGAUGGGCCUUCUCAUCGAAUCGCUCAAAUCGGCGGCGGAGACGGCGGCGGAGGUGGAUCUGAGUGCCCGGGUCGCGGCCUUGGCGGCCGACAUGAGCUGUAGGACGGUGUUCGGGAAGAAAUACGAGUUCAAGGACGUCGAUGAGAGGGGAUUGAAGGUCGCGGUUAAAGAGACGAUGGAGCUAUUUGCUCGACCGAAUCUUGCGGAUUACUUUCCGCCAUAUCUGGGCUGGGUCGACCUGCAAGGCUUCAGAAGAAGAUUGAAAGCCACCGCCGAACUCUUUGAUACGUUCCUGGAGAGGAUUGUUGAUGACCAUGAGCAGCUGAAGGGCGAUGAGAAGAGGGAUUUUGUUGACAUUCUGUUGUCUAUCUCGAAAUCUGGGGAAACUGACUUCCCCUUCAGUCGUCAACAUGUCAAAUCUAUUUUGCUGGAUAUGUUUAUAACAUCUAUGGACACUUCAGCGACUGUAAUUGACUGGACGAUUUGUGAAAUCAUAAAACACCCGCAAGUCCUGAAGAAAGUCCAACAAGAACUAGAAAGCAAUGUUGGACUAGAUAGGAUGGUGGAUGAAUCAGAUUUAGAAAAGUUGAAAUACUUAGAAAUGGUCAUCAAAGAAUCCCUUAGACUCCAUCCCGUAGCACCACUUCUUCUGCCUCAUGAGUCAAGGGAAGACUGCGUGGUUGAUGGUUUUCACAUACCAAAAGGAGCACGGAUCAUUGUGAAUGUUUGGGCGAUUGGGCAUGACCCAAAUGUAUGGGCUGAUCCUGAGAAAUUCAUCCCAGAGAGAUUUGAAGGUCUCAAUAUAGACUACAAAGGACAUCAUUAUGAACUCAUUCCUUUUGGUUCAGGAAGAAGAAUGUGUCCUGGCUUACAACUUGGAAUCACUACGGUCAGGUUAGUGAUAGCACAAUUAGUGCAUUGCUUUGAUUGGGAACUUCCAAAGAGUAUGUCACCGGAAGAAUUAGACAUGACCGAGGAGUUUGGUCUUGUGGCAACUCGUGCCAAUCACUUGAUGGUUGUGCCUAAAUAUCGAUUGUGUAUUUGAUCCAAUUAAUUCAUGGUAAAGCAAGCAUGUCUUCUAUUGUCACGUUCUGGACCAAAGUUGAAUUGCAUGUAGAAUAAUAAAGUAAAAUAUGUGUGAUUGAGAUUUGUGCAGAGGAGAAAAGAAAAAAUUUAUCCACAUAUUUUUUACUUUAAAUGGAAAUGAUAUUUUUUUUGGGAUGAUCCAAAAAGGAAAUUUGGUCAAGUUUUAUGGAACGGAGGGAGUAGUAUUCUUCGACAAGAGAUGAAUAUGACUUGUGCUCACUACUUGAAUAAUGUAACUAGUGUCUCAACCCUUAUUCAAAGCAUGUGUAAUGUGUUUCAAUGUAGGAGCCCGUGUGCUAGUUCACACAUUAAAGUUUUAC